AUGAAUUCCUCUAAAGUUUGUAAAGCCUUGGACGAGAUCAAUAUCGACGAGGAAUACUGGAAGCUAAAGUCCGAUUUACUCAAAGAAUUCACUUCAAAGGAAGACUGUGUUCCAGGCGCCGCUUACAAACAAAUUCUAAACGGAGUUUUGGAUGUUCUCAGCCAAUAUGAAGAUAUAGAUAAAGAAGUGAAGCUAAAUAAGGAGUGCUUUAUAGUAAUUGAGGACAUUGCAACUACUGGUAAGUGCAGGUACCCCUGGAAGGUCGUGAAGAUGCUGAUCGUCGUAGUAUAUAACAAACUUUUUGAUGAACUUUAUCAGUCAAAUAGGGCCUCCAAAGGUGUCCAGAACUCUGCUACAACAGGAACUGAUUCUUCUGAACCCUCAGAUUCAUCAACUGAUUCAGAAAAGCCUAAGGAAUCUCAGCCAGCUAAUAACAAAAUUAACCAACUGGAAUCUGAGGAGGAAUUUCGACAACUGAAGAUUGAUUGUUUGGUCCACCUUGUGGAGUUUGACAUUCCUCCAUUUACUCUUCAACGCAUUUGUGAGAUUCCCCUGAAGCAGCCUUACACAGUUUUCAGGAAACUUUUUAACGCAUACAGGAAGCUUUUCAACGUCAGGAACAUCGAGUACGAGCCGAUAAAAAUGCCAGAGUUUUUCAACCCUUCAGACCACCCUCAGCUGGACCGUGUGUACAGUAUUCUGGACUCCUGGGAGGCCAAGUAUAGGAACCUCGCGCCUGAAUGGAGCGAUGAGCUUCUCUUUGACAAUUCUGAAGAUUUCGAAUCUUCUGACGAAAAGCCAUUCAAACGACCUCUAGAAUAA